UUUCUUACCUCCUUUCCUUUUGUAAAAAAGCGCUCCACCCAAACUACCUUAUUACAGUUGCAGACUUCAUUCUCCAAUGGUGAUGACAACCACCCACGCUUUCUGCGCCAUUUCUUCUCUCAAAGCAUUUCGACAUUCUCACUCCAAUUCCCCCAAAUUUUCUCUUUCUUCAAAUUACUGGACCUCACUCAAUUCUCAUCCCCAAUUUCCAAUUUCAAACCCUAAUUCCAAUUUUCUACCACCACCAUUGUCAUUGUCUUCGUCAUCAAUGGCUUCCACUGUUCGAGCAAUCUCUUCCUCCGCCUCCGUUGGAACAUCAUCAUCAUCGUCUGUGGUAGUUGGUGAGAAUGAUUUGUUAAUCGUCGGACCUGGUGUUCUUGGUCGCUUGGUAGCUCAACAAUGGAGUCAGGAUCAUCCAGGAUGUCAAAUCUACGGGAAGACUGCAACUACAGAUCAUCAUGAUGAAUUGAUGAAUAUUGGAAUAACUCCUUCAGUGAAGGGAGCUAUGCUACCCUGUCAGUUUCCGUAUGUUAUUUUUUGUGCUCCUCCAUCAAAGAGUCCAGAUUAUGCAGGCGAUGUUAGGGAAGCGGCAUCAAGCUGGAAUGGCAAAGGAUCAUUUGUUUUCACUUCAAGCUCUGGACUAGUUGACUGUACUGACAAUGGGGAUUGUGAUGAGGAAACCCCUACUGUACCAAUGGGAAAGAGCCCUAGAACAGACGUCCUUCUAAAAGCAGAGAACGUUGUUCUAGAUAAUGGUGGUUGUAUUCUUCGAUUGGCAGGACUCUAUAAAGCUGAUAGAGGUGCUCACACUUAUUGGUUGAAGCAAGGAAAGAGUGAUCUUCGUCCAGAUCACUUUGUCAACCUUAUUCACUAUGAAGAUGCUGCAUCACUAGCAAUUGCAAUCUUGAAAAAGAAUUUACGUGCGAGGGUCUUCCUAGGUUGUGACAAUCAUCCUUUGUCAAGGCAAGAAAUUAUGGACCUGGUUAUUCAGAGUGGAAAAUUCAGUGGGAGGUUUGAGGGUUUUACAGGUGCAAACGAUUCACUUGGUAAAAGAUUGAACAACUCUAAAACUCGUGCUGAAAUUGGCUGGGAGCCAAAAUACCCGAGCUUCGCUGAAUUUCUUAAAGUAAUGUAAAUGUCACCAAAUGACCAGAGAUGAUUACACAAAUAUGAAGCAGCUUCGUUUCCCUCACUUGAUCACCAUUUCUUGCUGACUGGCUCCCUUCUCUUUUUUCAUUUUGCUUGGCUCUGAAUGUGGUCAUAGCACUGUUUUGAUCUCAUAUUUUGGUGUUAAAAGUGAGUUUUUGGGGGUUGGUAGAUAGGAUUUCUGAUGUAGUAAAAAACAAGUUGAUUUUUGGAAGGGAAAAAAAAAAAAAAAAAAAAAAAAAAGCUACAGAAGUGUUUAAAUUUGUUGGCAUUCAUGUAUUGGACUUGAUUUAUGCGACUUGUUUCAGUAUGACUAAUGCUUUCAUUUGCAUACCAA